AUGUCGGAGAGGAAUCUGGACCAGCUGCUCAAGUGGUCCAUUGCAGCGCAGGGAGAAGGUAACGGCACCGGUGCGGGCAAUGGUUCCAUCGACGCCCAGGCCUUGGCCGCGCAGCAGCCCGGAAUGAAGGAGAUCGCGGCAGAAGUGGCAGCUGGCAAGAGGCCAGAUCUGCAAGAUCCUGGAUUGCUGGAUGCUCUCAUGGGCGGCAAGAGCGAGGCGCAGAUGAUGAAGGAGGAGUUGGCUGUGGCUUGCGAUGAGCAGAGAUCGACGGAGGAUCGAUGCAUCGCUCUGGACAACUUUGAAAUGCUGAUCGAAUCGAUCGACAAUGCCAACAAUAUCAAGAAUAUGGGCAUGUGGCCUCCACUCCUAUCCCUGCUCGCCUCAAAGGUGCCCGCCAUCCUUUCGGGUGCGCUAUGGGUUGUCGGCACAGCGAUUCAGAACAACGACAAAGCGCAAAUGGCUUUGCUCUCCCACAAGCCUCUGCAGGCCAUCCUCGACUCUUUGAGCACGUCGGAAGCAGAAGCCAUCAGAUCCAAGGCGGCGUACGCUCUCAGCGCCCUGCUCAAGCACAAUCCCCCUGCAGUCGUAGCCUUCGAUGAACUGGAUGGGUGGCAGGCUUUGAGAGGCGCACUCGAGGAUCCGAGCAUCGCCAUUCGCAGAAAGGUCGUCUUCCUCAUCAACACGCUGCUUCUUCAA